AUGGCUUCCCUCAAUCUCUCUUCGUUGCAAUCUCUCUCCUUCCAUCGUUUAUUCUCUUCUUUCCCCCAAAAUACUCCUGCGCUUUCCUUCAAUUGUCAACCAAAACUCUCCGCGAACCCGCUCCUAAUUUCUCUGAAACCCUACAUUUCAGAGAAGCCUCGCACGCGUGUGGUGGCGCUGGCCGUGAAGGGCCUCGACGAAACGGAGGCAGUAUCGGUUUCGCCGGAGAACGACGAACUCGCUGAGAAACUGCCGUCGGGCGCCGGCGUCUACGCCGUGUACGACAAGGUCGGCGAGGUUCAGUUCAUCGGUCUGUCGCGAAACAUUGCGGCGAGCGUUUCGGCGCACUGGAAAUCGGUGCCGGAGCUGUGUGGAUCCGUUAAGGCUGGGAUAGUGGAGGAACCAGACAGAGAAGCUCUAACCCAAGCAUGGAAGGCUUGGAUGGAAGAAUACAUAAAAGUCAGCGGAAAAGUUCCACCUGGCAAUGAAUCAGGAAAUGCCACUUGGGUCAGGCAGCCACCUAAAAGGAAGCCUGAUCUUCGAUUAACACCUGGCCGCCAUGUGCAAUUAACUGUCCCUCUUGAGAACCUCAUUGACACUUUGGUGAAAGAGAACAAAGUAGUUGCAUUCAUUAAGGGCUCUAGAAGUGCACCAUUAUGUGGAUUCUCACAGAGGGUGAUAGCGAUUCUUGAAAAUGAAGCAGUAGAUUAUGAGAGUGUAAAUGUACUGGAUGAAGAGUAUAACUACGGAUUGAGGGAAACCCUUAAAAAGUACAGCAACUGGCCCACAUUCCCUCAGAUUUUUGUGGAUGGUGAAUUGGUUGGAGGUUGUGAUAUAUUGACCUCCAUGUAUGAGAAAGGUGAACUGGCGAGCUUGUUCAAAAAAUAA